CAGACUAUCGAUAGAGUAAUCGGAUUGCAGCCCGAAAAUUGUUGACUUCUGGGUCUUCAAUGUCACCAGCCAUUAUCACUUCAGCCGAAGAGCGGAUCGCUUCAACAUGCCUAGUUUCAAAGAUAAAGUCAUCAUCGUGACCGGCGCCAGUUCGGGAAUUGGAGCGGGUACUUCAGUCCUCUUGGCCAAACUGGGCGGCCUGCUCACCAUCGUGGGCAGGAAUGUGGACAAGCUGAAGGAGACCGCGGAGCAGAUAGUGGCGGCUGGAGGAGCGCCUGCACUGCAGGUGGCGGCGGACAUGAACAGCGAGUCGGACGUCCAGGGCAUCGUAUCCGCCACGUUGGCCAAGCACGGACGCAUCGACGUGCUGGUAAACAACGCCGGGAUCUUGGAGCUGGGCAGCAUCGAGAACACCAGUCUGGAGCAGUUCGACCGCGUGAUGAACACCAACGUGCGGUCGAUCUACCAGCUGACCCACUUGGUCACACCGGAGCUGAUCAAGACCAAGGGCAACAUUGUGAACGUGUCCAGUGUCAACGGCAUCCGUUCCUUUCCCGGGGUCUUGGCUUACAAUGUUUCCAAGGCUGCCGUGGAUCAGUUCACCAGGUGCGUGGCUCUAGAGCUGGCUCCCAAGGGUGUCCGUGUAAACUCCGUGAAUCCCGGCGUGAUCAUCACCGAGCUCCAGCGUCGAGGUGGACUGGACCAGGAAGCAUAUGCCAAGUUCCUGGAGCACGCCAAGAUCACCCAUGCCCUAGGUCGCCCCGGCGAAGUCAAGGAGGUGGCUGCGGCCAUUGCCUUCCUGGCCAGCGAUGAGGCCAGCUUCAGCACCGGAAUCAGUCUGCCCGUGGACGGCGGUCGCCAUGCCAUGUGUCCCAGAUGAGAAUUGAGUUGUUUGUUCGUGAUGCAUUUACCUGCCACCAAAGUUUGGGUGGCAAUUGUUACAAAUAUUAAAGGAAAAGAAAUAUAUGUAUUUAAAGAA